CACUCAAACCGAUUAAAUACAACAGCGUGAGUCAAUUCAAAUAACGAGGAAAAUAAUAGAAGCGAGAAGGAGGGACAGAAGAAGAGAGGGGGAAGGAGGGAGAGAAGGAGAAAGGGAGGGAGGGAGAAGGAAUAGCGAUAGUAAUUAAGGAUGUGAGCGAAAAGACGUGACUAAAAGAAAGAGAGAGACAUAGAGAAAGGAAAAAAAAAUAGAGAUGACUUAAAAAAAGACGAACAUAAAGAGAGACAGAGGAGAAAGACAGACGUAACAAGAUAAAUAGAGAAGCAUACAGAAAGAAAGUAAAAAAAUAACUACAACAAAAAAAAAGAGAGACAUAGAUAGCGAGGGAAAAAUAGGUAACCAGCUAUAAAAAGACUUUGAAAGAGGAGAAAAAAAAUAGAAAAGACAUCCGUACAAGUAAGACUAUAUAAGAAAAGGUGUCACGUCGGUGUGUCUUUGUGCCAAGACGGCGAGGAGGUGACAAAGUUAGUGCCAAAUGAACAAGGGAUGGAUAUGCGGAGUGCCAAUGGCGGCGGCGUGGACAGUGCCAGGGACGAGGGAGAGGCAAGACAGAGAACACGGCAAGCAAGUGAUCUAGUGGUGCCAGUGUGACGUGGGGAGUGCAAAAGUGACCUAAACGUGACUCAGUGUGAUAUAGAAGAUGAACAGUGACAGACGGGUGAACCUUUAUUGCAAAGGGACAGUGCCACCCACCAGGAAGUGACGGACAGUAGUGCCUUGACCGAGAACCAAUACAAUCAAAACAACAGCAAUAAUCAUAAUUAAUAACCAAAAUAAUAAUAAGUGUUUCUGAAAAAAAAGUGAACGCAACGAACGAAAAAAAAAAAAAAGAAGUUCCACAACAAAACAAAAGCACCAGAUUACGUUUUAAAGGAAAGGAAAACAAAUGAAAACCAAACCAAACUCGUAACCUUAAAGGAACGAGUGAGACAUGACGUUCCUUUAGCAAUAAUGUGGUGCCAUCAGAACCAUACCCUCCCUCCCCCUCCUCCUCCUCCCUCCUCACCUUGAAUCCUUGACAAACGGAGAAAAGGAGGAAAGAAGAGCAAGGAACAGAACAUAAAGCAAACACGAGUGAGAGAGAGAGAAAGAGUGAGAGAGAAACAGAGAGACAAAACAGAGAGCAAGUGUAUGAGAGAGAAGAGAGAGGACGAGAGAGAGAGAGAGAGAGAGAGAGAGAGAGAGAGAGAGAGAGAGAGAGAGAGAGAGAGAGAGAGAGAGAGAGAGAGAGAGAGAUAGAGAGAUAGAGAGAGAAUUGUGACGCAGUGCAGAGAAAGUGGACGGAAGGUGGGUUGUGUCUAAUAGAAAUGAAAAGCUUCCUCAGACUAUAGGAAGUGAGGCAGGGAGGAGAGGAGGAGGAGAAGGAGGAGGAGGAGGAGGAGGAGGAGGAGGAGGAGGAGGAGGAGGAGGAGGAGGAGGAGGAGGAGUUAGUGGAGAAAGAGAGGUGGAGGACGAGGCGGAGGAAGAAGAGGAGGAGGACGAAGACAAAAGAGAAAGAUAGCAUUAAUAUAGAAAACAGCAAAUAGAAGGAGGAGGAGGAGGAGGAGGAGGAGGAGGAGGAGGAGGAGGAGGAGGAGGAGGAGGAGGAGGAGGAGGAGGAGUAGGAGGAGGAGGAGGAGAGACAACAAAAUACAAAAGGAAAAGGAAGUGCGCGAGUGUCGGGAAAAGAGAGACACUUCUGAGGUGAAGAAGCAAACUGGACGAGGGAACUUUUUUCGGAAAAGAGAAAGAGAAAGAAAGAAACAGACACAGAAACAGGAGAGGAAGGACAGAAGAAGAAGAAGAAGAAGAAGAAGAAGAAGAAGAAGAAGAAGAAGAAGAAGAAGAAGAAGAAGAAGAAGAAGAGGAAGGGGAGAAGGAUAAAUAAUUUUCUUCAGUAAAAGGAGCGUCUACGGGGCGCUAAAAUUUUCCAAUAUGGAGUCGUAGACGGAGGAUGCUCGCCAACAGCAUGGAACAAAAUGAAUGGAAAGUUCCCCCCGACAACACGGUCCAAGUGGUGGACCCUAUGGGCAUGAAUGAGAGCUGGGUAGAGUAUCUUGAAUAUCUGCGGAAGAAGGAGGAGAGGCCUGAAGGUCCCAAGAGGAACUGGAUAGGCAUCUUCAUCUCGCUGGGCAUCAUCAGCUUUGUGCUCAUCAUGGUUACCAUCGCCACCUUCAUCGUGGGAGACCCGCCGCCGCUGUUCUACGGGCGGCGCAUCGUCAUCACAGACCUCCAGGACCCUAUGCUCAUGGCCUCACCCAUGGGCACGCAGUGGGUGGCAAAUGACCAGCUGGCGUACUUGUCAGAAGGGCAAGGGAUACGCAUGCUCAACACACGCUCCAGGCUCAACAUCACUCUCGUCACCAACAUUGCCCUGCACCAGACGGGCGCCGAGGAGUUUUCUGUGUCGUCUGACCUUCGCUACGUGCUACUCGUGCAUGACGUCAUCAAGGGUCGCCUGUACACGCGGACAGCAGAAUACAGCAUCUACGACGUCACCACUGACCACUACUACCCACUCAAGCUGUGGCGCCAUGACGUGGAACAGCCGAGGUUCCAGCACGUGGCCUGGGUGGGCAAUACCGGGUCUGCGAUGGUGGUGGUACACGAGGCCAACUUGUACCUGCUCCCGGGGCCCAACAUGAACCCCGUCACCUUAACCAACGAUGCCAAGCCAGACCUUCUAUACAACGGUGUUCCUGAUAUACUGUAUGAGGAGAUCCUGGGCCGGAACAACGCGGUGUGGCCGAGUCCCACCGGCGAGUACCUCAUCGCGGCGUCCUUCAACGAGUCAGGAGUGAGGGAGCUGCCCGUCCUGGUGUACUCCGAGAACGUGUACCCGACCAUCCACAACCUACGAUACCCAACAGUCAACACGCCCAUUCCUGAGGUGUGGCUGUGGAUUUACGACCUUAAAAGUAACAAAAUACCACGACCAAGAACUCGAUUAGUGCCUCCCGAACCCAUCACUCGAUCCCAUUACUUGGUCAGUGUGGGCUGGGUCAAUGGGUCAACAGCGUGGGUGUCGUGGGCGUCGAGGGACCAGAGUACCGCAGUCUUGGCCACCUGCGAGCAUCCCACAUGGAACUGUUCCCUGGUCCACGUCAACCACAAGGAGGGUGGCGGCGUGUCCCCUGUGGUCGGCUCUGUGGUGUGGGCUGGCAGCUGGGCCGUCUUUCCCUGGUCAGUGAAAACCCUGUCGGGUGCCUGGCACAACCAUGUGGCUCUGGUGGGCGCCAGGGAGGGCCGCCACGCCCCCCUCACCUUGGAGGACUACCACGUGACGGAGGUGAUCGGGUAUGACACCAACAGGAGCCUCGUCUACUUCAGGGGGUCGGUGCUGCGGAAUGGCGCGGGCAGACAGCAGGUGUACAGCGUGCAGAUGGAGGACCAGAAGGUGGCGUGCGUGACCUGCCAACUGGGCUGCCCCUACGUGGAGGCCGACCCCAACCCCGCCCUCACCUACAUGGUGGUGACUUGCCUGGGGACCAAUCUGCCCUCCUCACACCUCCUGCGCCUCGCCACUAACAAGACGCGCGCCUCUUCGACGCCCCUCCACAAGCAGGAACACUUGAGGAUCGCCCUCAAGGACCUAGCCCUCCCGGUGGUGACCUCCUUUGACGUGGGCCUGGAACCCGCCCUGCACGCCGCCGUCACCCUCACGCUGCCCCCGGGGUGGUCCAGCCAAGACGACACGCUCCUCUACCCGAUGGUCGUGCAGAUGAUCGGGCCGGGCGAGAAGGACGUGGAGGAGCCGCUGUGGCACCUGGGCUGGCGGGAGUACCUGUCAUCAGGCCACCAGGUCGCCCACGCCAAGGUGCAGCUGUGGGGAGGCGACCCGUCCACGAGGGCCUCCCACCCACACCCUGGCCAUGCACCAGGCGAAGGUGAUCAGGAAGAUGCUGGAGCAGUUUGACUUCCUGGACGGCAACAAUGUGGCAGUGUGGGGCUGGGGGUCCGGCGCCUCCCUCGCCCUAGAUGCCGCCGCCCUGGAGCCUUCUCUCAUCAAGUGUGUGGCCGCCGUCAACCCCGUGGUCGACUGGCGCGCCCACGGCUCGUUUUGGGCGGAGCGGCUUCUGGGGUCGUCCACCAGUGAAGGGUCAGGACGCCGAUACGAGGACAGCGAUCUGACCCGUCUGGCGCCCUCACUCGGCAAGGGACGGGUCCUGCUGGCACACGGCACCCGAGACCCCGCCGCCCCACCACGCCUUCCUGCUGGCCCACGCCCUCAUCUCCAGCGAGACCUACUUCACCCAUGUGGUCUACACUGAUGACGACUACAUGCUCGACCUCAACCGCUACCAUCUCAUCAACGCCUUCACCGAAUUCUUUUUCACUUGGCUCCACGAUCCCCUUACCUACGAGCUGCAGGAGGCCUGAGCCACCACGCCCACCCAGCCAGUCAGCCUGCCAGCGUGCCCGAGAGGAAAGUUCUGAGUGUCUACCUACCUCAACGCCUCCGCCUGCGCGUUGUCUCAGGUGGACGUUCGUGAUGCAGUAGAGGGAUGGAAAAUUAAUAUUACUUGUAGAUGUGUAGGAAGGACCCGUUUUGUAAUCCAGAGAGAAUACGAGCCGGAUCGCACGCGCGUACUACGUACCAACCAACGCCACACGUCAGGUAAACAAGGUGUCUCCGUCUCGCGGCCUGGAGCAAGUGUGGCGCCUCGUCCCCCGCCGCGGACUGUUCUUUGAUCACUUCUGCUCGUCCUGCCCUAAAUUUUCUACUAUGUAUAUAUUUGUGCCCACAGUCUAGUAUUUAUUUUAAGUUUCUUUGGUUUCUGAGAGAGAGAGAGAGAGAGAGAGAGAGAGAGAGAGAGAGAGAGAGAGGGAGAGAGACUGCUGCUUCGGUUUCCCUUGAAGCAGUGUGAAUCAUGUAAAUACGUAACACUGUUGUUCGCUCUGGUUGUUCAGAGUCUCACGAUUAGAAGAUAAAAUAGAUCGCAAGGAAUAAAAUUUAUGAAAAGUUUUCUCUAGAAAUGCAGUAUACAUACGCUUAGAUAUGAAAGGAGCGAACUUCACACAUGUACAUACUAAAGGUAGCGUUCCUCUAAUGUAUCUAUUUUUCUCUUGUAACUCAUUCCUGAUUAGCCAGAUUAGUGACUUUGUAUACAUAUAAUAUAUUUUCUUCUUCUCACAUUCAACUGAUCGAAAAUCUCUCGGGGAACGUACAGUACCUAUUACACUCCACGUUACAAGCCUCCCUGUAGCCUACAUUCUCGUCUUGGCCUUCAGUGCACAUCAGUCCUUAUUGACUUCUGGACAUUGUUACUCGCCUGUGUGAUGCAGUGUGUGUGUGUGUGUGAGUGUGUGUAAAACUUCUUUAUUUCAUGUCAUCUACACUCAAUCACAGGUCAAUCCUCCGGAAUAAAAACAAUAGAUAGGU